UAGAUUCUAGUACGAGAUCGUGAUCGCUCGUGAUUUUUGCCGAUCUCUAACGUUGCUUUACUUUUAAUAAUUUCGUUUACGUAAUUAGGUAGUUGCAGGUUCAUUUUAGACAAAAAUAUUCUCAAUUUUCAAAUAUGUCUGCAUGGAGACAAGCUGGAUUGAACUACAUAAAUUACUCCAACAUUGCCGCUAAGUUGUUGAGGCAGGCAUUGAAACCUGAAUUAAGGGCAGAUGCUAUGAAGAGGGCCGACACACAUUUAAAAGUCACAAAAUGGGAAAACGGAAAACCUAUCAAUGCUCGAGAAUGAAAAAGUAUUAAGAAUCUACGUACUGAAUGACCUAGUACAGAAUAAGCUUCAAAUAUUUGUUAAAUAGUGAAAUACAAGUGAAUAUGUAUGAUUGUCAAUAAAUAAUUGUAAGUCGUGUA